AUGUUGCACACCAUCGCCCUACUAACGGCUCUCGCAGCCACCGCCACAGCGCACUGUACGCGUCCCCUCCUAAAAGAAGCAGUCGACGCGUACAUCCUCGCCCAAACAACCGGCCAACCCGCCCCCUUCACUACCCACUUCGACAACAGCACCUGGCUCGGCUAUCGUGAGAACGCUCUCAAAUUAAACAUCACGACCUCCAUCCUCGCCACACCCCUGCCCAUCACGCACACGCGCUCCUUCUACGACACCUCCUCGUGCGCCACCUUCACAGAGGUCGUCGUAAACAGCACCACCACCACCCCCUACGUCAUCGGCACGCAGCUCCGCUUCACAAACCACAAAAUCAACAAGGUCGAUUCUAUCGUCACGAAGCCGGGCGACUGGCUGUUCAACGUCACGGGAUACGCGUACUGGACUGCGCAGGAAAACUGGGAUACCAUCCCCGAAGAAAAACGCGACUCACAGCUCACCAUCCGCAAAGCCGCGGACGCAUAUCUCGACCUCUUCAACAACAAGAACGUUACGGUACCGUGGGGCACGCCGUGCGUGCGGCUCGAGGGCGGCCUGUACGGGGAUGCGGGACCAAAUGGGACGUGUGCUGUCGGUGUGCCCUCAGGGGUGCCGAUGACAAAUCGGCGGUAUGUCAUUGAUGAGACGAUGGGGAGUGUGGAUGUGCUACUGGAUUUUGGGGCGAGUGGGUGGCCGGAUAGUCAUUUGUUUCGGGUAGAAGGGGGGAAGCUGAGAACAAUGUGCGUGUAG